AUGCAUUUAGAAUUUGUUCCUCCAAGUCAAAUGAUCAACCAGUGUUUUUAUCAAGAAGUUUUGAGAAGGUUGCAUCAAGAUUUGCAGAACAAUCUGGAGUUAUGGCAAACAGCUGACUGGGUUUUCCGUUAUGACAACAAUUCUGCCCAUACUGUUUUUGGCCAAAACUGGUCAAACAUUCAGAGCAACAUUCCAUUAUCCUAUGGUAUAUAUGAAGCAGUUAGCGAUUCUCAAAAUUGUAAUCGAUGUGAAUUUCUCUGGGAUCCAACAAAAGAAACAGGAGUUUUUAUACGGGUUAAUUGCAUAAGCACUGAAUUUACGCCAAAGAAACACGGAGGUGAGAAAGGAGUACCAUUUAGAAUUCAAAUAGAAACUUUUUCUUAUGGUGAUGGAGCAUCAGUCAGAUUGCAUGCAGCUUCUUGUCAAGUUAAAGUUUUUAAGGCUGCACCUCUAGAUACACUGUAUCUGUCUUCACCACCACCACCACCACCACCACCUCCAUCCACUACCACUGUUGUUACAUCAGUUACUACAGUAUCUACAUUACCUACAACUCAGUCUACUAUUGGAGACACACAAACUGUUACGGUUCAGUCUCAAGUCCUGUCAUCAGAGGCAAAUUCAACAGAAACUGCACAAUGGUUACAACAGCAUAGAUUUGGUACUUUUGUUCGGACAUUUUCCAAUUUCUCUGGUGCUGAUAUUUUAAGGCUGUCUCGUGAUGAUUUAAUUCAGAUAUGUGGCCUUGCUGAUGGUAUUAGAUUAUUUAAUGCAUUGCAUUCCAGAGCAAUACGUCCUCGCCUUACUAUGUAUGUGUGUUUAUCAACAGAACAAGUAUUUCGUGCUGUUUAUUUAGAAAAUUUGACUGUUUCUGAUCUUAGUACUAAACUUGGAUCAUUAUUCAGAAUACCAACUCAUUACAUUCAUGAAAUCUACAUUAAUGGUCCAUCUGGAAUCCAUAUUCUAGUUAAUGAUGAGGUAAUACAGAAUAUACCAGAAGAGUCUAUGUAUACAAUUGAAAUGCUAAUGGAAAAAUCAAGUGAAUUAUGUAGAAUAUUGUUCAAGCCAUAUUCACAGCACUGAUUUUGUGUAAAAGAUUUUGUAAAGUAGAAAAAAGUGUGUAUGAAAUAUUUGCAUUGCAAUAUAUCAUGAUUCUUCAGAUAACAUUUGAAUGAAACUUGUGUAUAAAAAAGAAACAUUUUUUUAUAAAAAUACUUACAUUGUGUACAUAUUUAGAUUAUCAUAAUUACAGGUGUAUGUUUUGUAUGUGUAAAUAUAAAUAGAGUGUAUGAGAAGAGAGAGUGUAACAUUAUCUUCAUCAAAUGUUAAGAAUUGAAAAAAUUGUUUACAAUUAAGAAAAUAUUAUAAAAUGCAUUUUCUUUAAUAUAAUAUUAUGAAGUUUUUCACAUGCAAUUAAUUUAUAGUUUGUAGAACAGUAGUUA